AUUGUGUCUAUGCCCUAUUCUCACAGUGACACUUUUAGACGAAUAGCUUACUAUUUUAACCGCUCAUAAUAGAAGAAUUCACAGACAGAAGCUUUGAUUUUUACGUAAUGAAGAAACUACAGGCUUGUCAAGAGUGAUUACUUGUCGGACAUCAGGACCUUGCAGACAGCGUUGCAACCACACAGAUCAUAUGUGAUAUUUUUCGGCAGGAGACGAAAAAUGAUCCUGGCACAAUCUUUAUCUCGGGCGUAAACUCUAUUCUGGUUUUAACUGUCUUUGUUAAAUGCAUUUAUUAACAAUAUGACUUUUGUGACUGUACUGGAACGCUUCUAUUCUAGCCGAAUCUAAAUCUGACUUACGGAAUACAGGGAGAAGAGUUGUUAGACUAUGGAGCCUCCGUUUCUCUUGGAAGGAGAUAACUUUACUUUAAAGGGAGAACCACUGAGACAUCAUCUCUGUCCAGAAUGGAAAAACGAACCAGAAGGAUCUGUUUUUCAUCUCGCUUAUAUUUUUCUGGCUUUGGGGUUCAUGGGUGGUAGUGGAUUUUAUGGACUGCUUUACAUGUUUACCUUUCUGACGUUUGGCUUCUUCUGCUCUUCAGUUUGGGCAUGGUCCGAUGCCUGCACCACGGAGUCGUUUUCAUGGGCUUUUUCUCUUUUUGUGAUAUGUGUUGGUCAAGUUGUCCAUGUCGCUUACCGGCUUCGGAGCGUAACAUUUAAUAAGGAGUUUCAGGACCUUUUCGGAUCCAUGUUCAAAAAAUUGGGAGUGUCACUUUCUCAGUUUGGCAAAAUUGUCGCUUGUUGUGAUGAGCAAAUCCACACUCUUGAAAAAGAACAUUAUUUUGCAAUCGAGGACAAAACGCCUAUCGAUAAAUUAUCUGUUCUUCUUUCCGGCAAAGUACGUGUCACAGUGAACGGAGAAUUUCUGCACUACGUCUACCCCUUCCAGUUCCUAGAUUCGCCAGAAUGGGAUUCACUUAGACCGUCGGAAGAAGGAGUUUUUCAGGUGACACUAAGAGCAGAUAAUCGUUGUAGAUAUGUGACGUGGAGACGCAAGAAAUUAUAUCUGCUCUUUGCCAAGCACCGCUAUAUCGCCAAAAUAUUCGCUCUGGUGGUGCGCAAUGACAUCGCAGACAAGCUGUACUCACUUAACGACAAAACGUUUGACAGCCGUGGGUUUCGCUACGAUCUCCGGUUACCCAGCUUCUGUCACGUGUCAACCGAGCCAGAUUUAGAAAAGACAGAUGCUCGCCAUCCAAUUCGCGUUAGGAAUGUUAUCACCAAGCCGGUAGAAAGUAAGUCUUAAAAAGUUCACAAGAACGGUGAUUUCCAAGAGAGGAGCAAUUAUUGGAGGAUUUGGUAGUUCAUGGCACCGUAAGGUCGAGGUUUACAUAAAUUGUGCUUUCAUAAUUCUUAUGUCUUCAGUGUUUCUCCAUUCGUCAUUGUCGCUUCGUUGUGGCCUAUUUUUCUCUAAACAAAAUGAAUAGCUUUUCUGAUUUUCUUUACCGAACAGAAUUAAAAUGUCGAAGUUGUCACUGAUCUAAGAAUGUUUAUAUUUGAAUAUCUAAUGCCGAUAAAAAUCUUCAUCUCAAAUAAAAUUGACAUUUGCAGUCA